UCGGCGAGGCGGCGGUCGCCAACUUUGGCUUCAAUUAGGCGUAUUUGCGAGCUGUUUUUCAUUAUAUGUCAGCGAGUUCUCACCAAGAAGUCUCAUAAUGUCGACGAAUUUUGGUUAAAUAGACCAAUGAAAGCUCCGACAUGAAGUUAAGAAGUGUUGUUUCGUAAGCCUCAGAUUUCACUUUCACUUAAACGCGACAUUUUGUUCAAUGAAAUCGGAGUUUUUCAGGAUGAAAGUGAUGAAGGCGAUUCUUGCUUUGAUGGUAGGAUGUUUGCUCUUUCUAGUGCCUGGUGUGUCCGGAGAUGAAGUGUCAGUGUCUGCGAUGGAGGGAGAUUCAGUCAUUCUACACACUGGUGUUGACACAAACAAAGAAGAUAGAAUGACAUGGUAUUUUAAUAACAUUCGUAUAGCUUAUAUAAAUGGAGAGAAGAAUAAGAUCUGUACAGAUGAUCGGUGUCCCCAGAGAUUCAGAGACAGACUGAAGCUGACAGACAGUUCUCUUACGAUCAUAAACAUCAACACUUCAGAUGCUGGAGUUUAUAAAGUAGAGAUCACCAGCCGUAACAUCGCAAAGAGCUUCAGUGUUACAGUCCGUGGUGCUUCUGCUGUUGAUCCAGAAAGAGCGUCAGUGUCAGUGAUGGAGGGAGAUACAGUGACGUUACACACUGGUGUUCAAAUGAACCAAAGAGACAGAAUGAUAUGGAUUUUUGGAGAAGAUCGCCUAGCUAUAAUUAAUGGAGAUAAACAUGAGCUCUGUGAAGAUGUUGAGUGUAAAGAGAGAUUCAGAGACAGACUGAAGCUGGACAAUCAGACUGGAUCUCUGACCAUCAUGAACAUCACAAACACAGACUCUGGACUUUAUAAACUGAAGAACACCACCCUCAACACUGACAAUAUCUUUAGCGUUAAUGUACAUGGUGAGUCGUUUAUAAAUUUAAAGACAGUCAAAGAUGUUCCAGAUUCAGGAUCGUCUUCAUCUGCCGCUGUUGCUGUUGUUGUUCUUCUUCUUCUUCUGCUCGUUGCUGCUGUGGUUUUCUACAAGCGCCAAUCAAUAAUGCAAUUCAUCAGGAGGCAGCGCGGGAGACAGGAGCGCCGUGAACAGAGAGAUGAUGCUCAAGCCCCUGAACAGAUUGAAACUCUAAUGCAUAGGUCUUCUACUGGGACAUCUCGUGAGACGGAGGCUGCCGGUGAGACGGAGGCUGCCGGUGAGACGGAGGCUGCCGGUGAGACGGAGGCUGCCGGUGAGACGGAGGCUGCCGGUGAGACGGAGGCUGCCGGUGAGACGGAGGCUGCCGGUGAGACGGAGGCUGCCGGUGAGACGGAGGCUGCCGGUGAGACGGAGGCUGCUGGUGAGACGGAGGCUGCCGGUGAGACGGAGGCUGCCGGUGAGACGGAGGCUGCCGGUGAGACGGAGGCUGCCGGUGAGACGGAGGCUGCCUGUGAGACGGAGGCUGCUGGUGACACUGAGGCUGCUGAUCAGUCACAACUGUAA